AAUGCUUUUAUCUCACUAAAUUGGAACGAUGGCCAACAUAACAGUUUGUGUGAGGUUUAGACCGUUGAUUUCAAGUGAGAAAAGGCUUCAUGAUGAAUCUACACGCAUUCAGGCCUUUGACACACAGUCUUUUGCAUUCAAGGAUGAGAAGGAGGAAGAUGCUAUCUUUUGCUUUGACAGGGUGUUCUAUCAAGAUUCUGAGCAAGUAGAAGUCUGUGACUUCCUCGCAACACCAAUAAUUGAAGGUGCCUUAAAUGCAAUAAAUGGUACGAUUCUCAUUUAUGGCCAGACUGGAGCUGGAAAGACUUACACUAUGGAAGGACCUAGUGUCUUGGACGAGGAUCAAAAGAAAAAAGGUCUUCUUCCACGAGUUGUUGAUGGACUUUUUGAAGGCAUGAAAUCUUUUGGUGAAAUGACAAAGUGGACAGUCAAGUUGACUAUGGUGGAGAUAUAUAUGGAUAAGAUAAGAGAUCUUUUUGAUGCAUCAAAAGACAACAUACAAAUUAAGGAAAACAAGUGCCAAGGAAUAUUUCUUUCUGGAGCAACUGAGAUGCCGAUUAAAAAUGCCAUGGAAGCCUUACGAUGCUUCCACCGUGGAAUUUCUAAUAGAGCGGUUGGCGAGACACAAAUGAACGUGGCAAGUAGCAGGAGUCAUUCUCUCUACAUAUUUUCAGUUCAACAAGAAUCUGCAUCGGAUGUAAGGUCAAAAAUAGGGAAGGUGGUUCUCGUGGACUUAGCUGGCUCAGAAAAAGCUGAGAAAACGGGUGCUGGUGGAACAGUACUUGAAGAGGCUAAGAGCAUAAAUAAGUCCCUUUCGGCAUUAGGAAACGUUAUCAAUGCACUGACAACCGGGAAAGUGAACCACAUUCCAUAUAGGGAUUCCAGACUCACCCGGAUCCUUCAAGAUGCACUGGGUGGAAACUCCAGAACUGCGUUGCUUUGCUGCUGUUCCCCUAGUCCGACAAAUGCUUCAGAAAGCCUCUCCACGCUUCGAUUUGGAGCUAGGCACGCCUGAGCAUUUUUGUAUGCCACUUUUACAACAAGAAACUAAAUAUCUUUAUUUUACCGCAGGGCAAAGCUAUUAAAAUCUGCACCAAAAACCAACAGUUUAGACUCAAAAGAUGAGACCGAGCAGAUUAUCGAUUGUCAAAAUCAAGUGUAUAGACAUGCAAUAACACUAUUCAAUAAGGUGGAUCAAAUUAUCGACUGCGAAACUCCAAUGUCUAAAGACAAAACACUCUUGGACAAGCUGAGGGAGAAUCUCACUGAGGAAGACAUUGACAUGUUGGAACAGUUGUUUAAACAGGAGGGCCUCAUUUUCGUUCUUGAAACCGAUGAAGAACUUGAAUCAGCAAUUGAAGUAGUAAGAGACAAGAUAAUUUCGGAAUUCGAACAAACAGUUGAAAGAUUCAGGAUCCUGAAUAUCGAGCUGAUGAGAGAGAAUCAGGAUCUCGAAGCUGAGCUUGCGCCAAAAGUUGCUGAUCCUGCUGCAAACACCUCUUGGUUCCGCAAGGUCAUGAAAUGUUUAACUUCUUAUCUCCCUUUCUUUUACGGCGCAGACUGAUAGUGCAUUUUAAUGGAACCACAAACAACAUUUUCUUUGUCAAACGAUCUUGCAACUGGCAUUCUUGAAAGAUA